UAUCCAAUCAAUGCGUGUCGUCAUCAGGGGGGGGACCAUCAUGACGACUGGCCUAUUAAGAAUGACAGCUCUGGAGAAAGAGAGAGAGAGGGUAAAUGGUGAUCCCUCCCAGCGCUCCCUCUGCGCACUCUGGAGCGCUCUUCUCUCAGGGUCAGACCGGAUUGCAUCCCUUCUUUUCCAGAAGCCUCUCCUUCUCCUUAGGACUCAACCCCCCCACCCACCUCCACCAUCACUACACACACACACACCCCUCCAACCUGAAAAUCAUCGCCUUGGUUUUGACGGCUUGCACUCUCCCGCGAAGUCGAGGUUUUUUAAGUCGUGCUUGUGAUGGAAAGCAGAGAGGAGAUGGUGAUGCUGGCGGAGGGAGGUCAGCUUGCCAAGAGCGGCUCUAAUUUGUCGGGAGGCAUCGGGAGCCCCGUGCGAGAUCCGCAGGGGAAGCCGGGCCACAGGAGCUGUCUGAGCCCCGGCGCUGCGCCUUACUCCCGGGACAGAGCGGAAGUGGGGAUGGAGGAGAGCGCACGGAGGAAUAUGUGCGCCGAUAUGAGGCCAGUUGGCACGUCCUCCUCUGGAGAGAGACACCGGAGUGAUCAUCCCCACAAAGACGGCAGCAGCUCAGACACCGAGUCGGACUUCUACGAGGAAAUUGAUGUCAGCUGCACGCCUGAAAGCAUGGACUACCCAACAGCUAAAGGUCGAAAUGGGGAUUCUCCGGGACACCCGAGUGAGACUGGUGCUGACCCGGCUAACAUUGUCCCGGGUCCAGGAUCCCUGUCCUAUGCAGCGGAUCAGAUACGCCGGUACCGGACAGCGUUCACCCGGGAGCAAAUCGCACGGCUGGAGAAGGAGUUUUACCGGGAAAACUACGUGUCCAGGCCGCGGAGAUGCGAAUUGGCGGCCGCCUUAAAUCUACCUGAAACCACAAUUAAGGUGUGGUUUCAGAAUCGCAGGAUGAAAGACAAGCGCCAGCGUCUGGCCAUGACGUGGCCUCACCCUGCCGACCCGGCCUUCUACACCUACAUGAUGAGCCACGCGGCAGCCACGGGGAACCUGCCCUACCCAUUCCCAUCGCACCUGCCGCUACCUUACUACUCUCACCUGGGUGUUGGAGCUGGCUCGGCUCCGGCCGCCACCCCUUUCUCCAACCCCCUGCGCUCCCUCGAUAGUUUCCGGAUGCUGUCUCACCCCUACCAGAGGCCGGAGCUCCUGUGCGCCUUCAGACACCCCUCCCUGUACCCGGGUCCGACCCACGGCCUCGGUCCCGGAGGAAGCCCCUGCUCCUGCCUGGCCUGUCACUCAAGUCAAUCCAACGGUAUCUCAACCAGGCCCUCCGGCUCGGACUUCGCUUGCUCACCAACGAGCAGGACUGACGCUUUUGUCACUUUCACGCCUUCAGUGCUCAGCAAAUCCUCAUCUGUGACUCUAGACCAGAGGGAAGAAGUGCCUCUGACUAGAUAAAACCAAACCAGCUGUUCUUCUAUAUAAGCCUUUACCAUAAGCUUUUUAACCUAACAUAUUAUAUGAUCAGGAGUGAAACAGCAUGAAGAGGUAGCCUGUGAGCAGCCAGCUUAAACUUGGGGCAAGAUAAUUAGCCAGAUCUUCAGCUAUGUGACGCACAAGGGAUGUCCCAUUACUGAAAACUAAUAAUCCCAUUGCAGAGCCAGGACAGUGGGCUGAAAUAUGACGGCAUGGACACAAAACCAGAUUUGAUUUGUAGAAGAUUAAUUUGGUGUAUGAGAGAGUAGGGGUCCAGAGAAACGUUUAAAUCCGCGUGAUGGAUGGCGUAGAGGUUUUUAUCAUUACUUGUCCUGUCUUUACACAUCCAAAUCGACCUACAUGUAUUGUUAGUUACGCGAGAAUGAUGCUUUCCAUCUCUCUUUUUAACAAGGGGAUUUGUUAACAGACUUCGGCCGUCUCAUUAUAAAGCAGUUCUCCGCGCCGGGGCCCUCCGCGGCGGCCCAGGCCGAAAUGUGCAGAUGCUGGUGAAAUUAGUAAGUGAUGUAUAUGUACGACCCGGUGAAUUUUGAGUGUUGAAUUAAUGAUAAUAUCAGGAAGGGAUCGUUACUGCCAAAAGGUAACAAGGCGCCGGGGGAACGGAUUACUACAGCCCGAGCGGUU